CCGCCAAUCAUGAACGUUAGGCGUACGGUGCUUUCGUCCUUGACCAAACACGUUGGUCGUAUACGCAAUGUUUGUAUCCUUGCACAUGUUGAUCAUGGUAAAACUACAAUGGCUGACGCCUUGUUGGCUACCAAUGGUAUUGUUUCUUCGCGCCAAUCAGGGAAAUUGCGGUAUAUGGAUAACACUGAGGGGGAGCAAGAGCGUGGCAUAACGAUGAAAUCUAGUGUAAUUGGUCUCAUUUUCAACCGGAAAGUCUCCUCUGUAGAUAAAAACGAUGAAGAUUAUUAUCUUGUGAAUUUAGUGGACUCUCCUGGUCAUGUUGACUUUUCUUCCGAAGUCUCGACAGCAGUUCGACUGUGUGAUGCUGCAAUUAUCGUUGUCGAUGUUGUCGAAGGAGUUUGUCCUCAGACACGUACGGUGCUCCGUCAAGCUUGGGAUGAAAGACUAACUCUGUUAUUGGCUUUAAAUAAGAUCGAUCGAUUGGUUGUAGAAAUAAAACUAACUCCGUCACAGGCUUAUGAAACCAUGUGUCGAGUGAUAGAACAAGUCAACUCCGUCCUUGCGGAAAUGUUUUCUGCAGAUAUGACGCGUCAAAGAGAUGGUAUGUGGCAGACGAAUAUCGACGAACUUAACCUUUCAAGUGAUGUACAACAUGAUAAUUACGUGUAUGAUUGGAGCAAUAAUCUUGGGAAAGCUGACGAUUCUAACUUGUACUUCUCACCCGAAAAAGGGAAUGUUGUAUUCUGCUCUUCUGUCGAUUCUUGGGGAUUUCGUGUAGACCAAUUUUGCCAGACCUGGUCUGAACGCCUAUCUAUUCCUUGUUCAAUUUUACAAAAAUCCCUAUGGGGUGAUUUUUAUCUAACUUCCUCUCCUACAGAACUAAAUAAAAUGAUUGUUAAACCUAAUGCUAGGCAAAAACAGAAAAAGUCAAUUUUCGUUCAGUUGGUCUUAGAACCUUUAUGGAAUGCAUAUCAAACGCUAUUCUUUGAAGAUAAACGUGAUAAAGUGUUUGCAAUGGCUCAAAAGGUUGGUGUAAAUUUAGACCAACGUGUUAUUCGUAAUGUUGAUAGUCGUGGAGUGUUACGUGCUUUCCUGAGUGUUUGGUUGUCGUUAGGUCAUACACUUAUGCAUGCCAUAACGGAUAUCUGUCCCAGUCCAUCUUCAGCAGUGUCUGCUGACCGAGCUGUACAUAUGUUGUAUGGAGAUACAGUUUUAUGUGAUUCAACACUUACCAAGAAAGAUUCUGUCAUAACAAUCGAUCAAACUUCACGUGUACCAAUUAAUUCAAUAUAUUCAACAUCUGGGGCUAGCUUAGCUCUUCAAUCUUGUGAUUCAUCAUCAUUGGCUCCAACUAUUAUUUUUGUAGCUAAAGUAUUUUGGACUGAUAAAUUACGUCUCACUUCAAAUGUUACUAGUAAUCCUGCUUCUAAAAAUACCAAACAAGAGAGUACAGAUUCUGAUCAGAUCUCACCAUCAUGUGAUACAGCGAAUACCGAUGUAAAUAAUCAUCCAAGUGGAAUACAAUCUUCUAUCCCCAAACAAAUUAAUCUACGAUCUCCUUUGUUACUGUGUAACCCAUUCACAGAUACUGAUUUUAUUGCUUUAGCUCGAGUAUUUAGUGGUUCUGUUUAUCCUGGUCAGAAAUUGUUUGUUCUUGGACCAAAAUUUAAUGGUAGAAAAGUACGUAAUAAUUUACAGUCAUAGAUUCAAUAUUUGUAAGUGCUUUUAUUUGUUAGAACGAUCCAAAGUAUUCCUCGGAAAAUUUCAGAGGGGCCCAGAAAACGCUGGAAAUUUUUUUAUCCAAUCAGCGUUUGAUAGAAGCGCCUCAGAAACAUGUAGAAAGUGAAGAGUCACGUGUUAUAUUUCUGAGUGGAUAAUUACUUAUCCUGCUACUAUAUCUUGUAUGGUUCCGGAGACUUCCAGAAGCCCGAAGCCAUCUGAAAUACUAUAAAUACCCUUGAAUUUCUUUACAUAAGCUAACUUUGGAGUAAAACGUCCUUUCCACACUUCUCACCUUUUCUCAUAUGUUCAAGUUACCCUGUAGAUUUUGCAUGGGUUAUUAGGAGUGUUUGAGAAACGGAUUCUAGCGUUCAGCUAGAAGACUUACCAUUAUAAAGCUGCAUAGAACAUUCUAAUAUAUAACUAGUUUGAUAUUCUGAAAUUUAAUCAGUUAAGUGUGUCUGGCACAUUAGUGAAGUUCACGUUCCAUCAGGGGCUACAAUCCAAAUCAUUUAGAGUAUUUACAACCACAAACAUUAUUGUCGAGCUAGUCGAGGAGCGAUUACUUCACUGUGAGACUGGUUUAUGAAUGGCAUUCAGUCACUGAACUGUAAACAAUAAAGUGAUGAAUAGUUUUCAGUUUUGAUAUAUUGGAUUCUAUGUUGUCGCUUUGUUAACUGGCUAGUUUCUACAGUCUUUACUCAUCAAAUAAGUGAUAACUAACGCUACUGGCUGGUUAGAACAAAAUAUCACUGAUACGUUCUAACAACAACCUUUGUAUCUUAAAUUUAUCUUGAAGUACCUUCCUUCUUCAUGAAUGUCUAAAUAUUGCAUUUCAAUAGGCUAAAGUUUUUUAAUUUAUCUAAACAUUUUCAUAUAUUAUUCAAAUUUUGGUUCCUGUUGUUUCAGGUUCACUGAACUAGCCAAGAACAACUGUUUAAAUUUUAAAAUACCAGUAUGCAUAUCAUGUUACAUAGAGUAACUUCCAUUUUUUUAAGUUUGCUUAUUUUGCUGUCAGGUUCCUUCAUAUCUCUUGGAUACAGAUCCUGAAAGUCUCCCAAUUGGUCCUGUUCGUUUGCGAAACGAUGAUGAAGAUGCUGAAAUUUCAUUAACUGCAAAUGAAACCGGUUCAAUUGAUAAUUUUUGCACAUUUAGUCCAAUAAAUUCUGGUUCUUUACCUGUUAGUCGUUCAGGAUCUGUUGGAGGUUCAGGCGAGUAUAGAUUGACUGGUCCUAAAUAUUUACGUCAUGUUUACGUAGCUUGCGUUGUUCAUAUCCUUCAGCUAUUAGGAGGUCAGUCGGAUUUCGUUAAACUUCUCGAACCUGUACCAUCUGGAAACAUAGUCGGUCUUACUGGACCAGAUUUAAUAGCUUGUCUACCGAAAUCGGGUCUCUUGGUCAGCCGACUAUCUCUAGUGUCUUCAUUUAAUAAAACAGAUAGCAGUGAAACUGAACUGGCUCCUGUUCUCCCGUUAGCCGGAUUAGCAGUUUGGCAUGGGGCACCAGUAAUUUCAGUUGCUGUUGAACCUGCAUCUGCUACAAAUCCUGAAGAUGUUUAUAGAUUGGAACGUGGUCUUCGACUUUUAGAUCGUGCUGAUCCCUGUGCUGAGGUAACAAUUACAGCCAAUGGUGAAUAUAUUAUACGUGCUGCUGGUGAAAUUCAUUUACAAAAAUGUAUAGAAGAUUUAAUAAAAUAUUUUGCACCUGAAGUUGAAUUACAAAUAUCUCCAUUUGUUGUACCAUUUCGUGAAACAAUUAUUGAUGCAUGUAAUACAUCUAAUUCUUUAUCAUUAAUUAGCCUGUCUAAUGCAUCUUAUGAGAAAGCUUAUAUUCAAUUUGAAAGUUUAUUACAAAAGUUUAAUUUAACAUUGAAUAUGAAUUAUGAUCAAUUAAAAAGUCUUCAUUUACAAUUACCAUCAUCAUCAUUAUCAUCAUUAGGUACUACAGGAGAUGAUGAAUUAAAGCCAACUACUACUACUAAUACUAAUACUGGGGAUAAUUUAAAAUCGAUAAGUUGUGGUACACAAAAAUUACAUAAUUUUCAUCAUAAUUUAGAUAUUAAUAAUUUUCCUAUUAGUAUAUUUCAAUUACCUCAUAGUAAACCUGGAACAAGAAUAUUAAUACGAGUUACUGCUCAUCCAAUGCCAUGUGAAUUAUUAAACUGGAUUGAACAUUAUGGAUCUUCAAAAGUUUCUCAAUUAAUUCGAGCUUUUAAAAGUAAAGCAUUAAAUUACACUAAACUUUUAUCUGAAUUUGAGCAACAGCUAUCAAAUAUCUGUUCUCAAUUAACAUCAAAAUGUACUACCGCAUGUUCUAUCAAUUGGAAUCAAAUAACAACAUCGUUGUUAGCUUUUGGACCAAAUCAAACUGGACCAAAUAUAUUAAUUAGUCAUUUAAAUACCGAUUAUUUUCCAUUAUGUACUGUUUGGGGUAAAAAACUUAAUUCAUCAUUGAAUAAUUCUACUAUACAUUUAAAAAAUGUAAAUAAAAAAUCGAAUAUCAAUUUACCAAUUAUUAGUUAUGGUAAAGCAUUGCUACGAGGUUUUCAACAGGCCACUUUAAAAGGACCACUUUGUGCUGAACCAAUGUAUGGUAUUGUAUUUGUAUUAGAAGAAAUUGUUGCAGAAAGUUUGGAUACAUUAAAAUUACCAAAUUAUAGUAGUGACAAUACUACUACUACUAUUAAUAGUAAUAAUGCUAUUUCUCAAGAAAAUAAAUCGUAUGAAUCAAAUAUUAACUAUGAAUUAACAGCAUCGUUACCAUUGGAAAAUUCAAUGCCAUCAUCUACUACUGCCACUACCUAUUCAACUGAUAAUAAACCGGAUAAUCAAUUAUUAAAUAAUAAAUCUAAACGUAAAUCAAAACGAUUAACAUCCAUCUCAUGGUUAGAUGAUGAUGGUGAUGAUGAAAUUGAGCGUUUUUAUCACAGUAGUUCAGAAGAGCUUGACCAAGAUAGUGAUAAUGAUGAUGAGAAUUGGUGUUCUGAUUCUUCAAAAAAUGAAGAUAGUCAAUCUGAUCAAUUGUCUGAUGUCGAGAAUUCCAACGUGGCUGUUUUACAGAAUCCCGAAACGGAAACUUGUUUUGACACAACCAAAGAAAUUCCUUAUUGGCAACGACGAUCCGACAUGUCAUGGUUACAUGAUAUUCCACCAGGUCUCUUAACACCAGCUAUGACACGAGCCUGCAUAGCUGCAUUUCAAUCCUGUCCAUUUCAACGCUUAAUGAUCGCUGUGUAUGACUUGGAAUUGCAAGCUCGAAGUGAUGUUUUGGGACGCAUGUUUGGAGUUCUUCGCAGGCGAUAUGGCAGAGUUGUUGGUGAAGAUUUUAGAGAAGGCGAAAAUACUUUUGUUAUUAGUGCCAGAUUACCUGUUAUUGAGAGUUUUGGACUUGCAGAUGAAAUAAGAAAACGUACCAGUGGUGUUGUCAGUCUUCCACAAUUACGUCCCGGUGGUUGGGAAUUGUUAGAUAUCGAUCCGUUACAAAAAGAUAUGUCUUCUAUAGAUAGUAAAGAAUCUUUUAGUGAAUCGUUUCGCACAAAAGGGGGUUCCAGUAAACUUUUUCGAUCGAAACUACCUAUCUCAAGUCUUCAUGAUUGUGGUGGUGGUGAUGAUGGAACUGAUGAAAAUAUGGAUGAACCCACAAGUCGAAUAUCUAGAGUACAACGAUAUAUUCGAGAAGUUAGACUACGCAAAGGAUUACCAUUAAAUGAACAAUUAGUGCUUAAUGCCGAUAAACAAAGAACGUUAAAAAAGAAUAAAUAGAUAUGCUAUUUUAUAAAUAAAAACAACUUGUAAAUUAUAUUUUAGAGUUAUAUAUAAUUUUCCAUUUGAAUAAAUCACAAUCUGUUUUGAUCCGAAUUCACAUCAAUUUUCUAUAUAUAUUAGUAUUUCUAAUGACUACUACUAGCCUAAUGAUUGAUUUUCUUGACUUUCUGUAAGGAGCUCCCAUUUUCUUUUUAGGUGUUUCUUUUUGAAUAAUAUUAUCGCCAAUCACUGUUGUGAUUGUGACUUAAUGGAUAUUAUAUUGUUUUCGUUGUGUAUUGGAUUAUAAGAUUUAAAUCUUAUUUACUACACAUUCAAAUGUUUUCUUUUUGGCAAAACAAAAGCAUUAUUGAUCGAUAGCAUUCGAUCUGCACUAAGAAGGACUUGAUAGACAAUGACAUUGAUCAUCACCCAGUGAUCAAUCAAUUGUGAUUACAUCUCAGUCUUACAGGAGGUCGGUCGCGGCCCGGAUAGCCCAGUGGUAACGUCUCUGACUGUGAAACUGGGUGACAUGGGAUCGAUUCCGUUAGGGAGCACCAAUUCCCUCAGGAUUACAGGUACACCUUGCUGACGAGUGCCAAGUAGCACGGAAUCCGGGUCCAGGGGAUCCUGUCGACUACCUCCAACCACCAUCAUUAUUGACUAUUAUAAUGUACGGUGGAUAUGAUUCACAGUUCAGAAAAUUAGCUUAACCCUUGGUAAAUAAAUUAUUUAUUGAUUACUAUUUUGUGUAGAUUUUAGUUCAUGUAUUAAUUCUAAUCCUUGUGCAAACCGUUAAGCUCAAAUCCGAGUUUACAUUCUAUAAAUCCAUACAGUUAUAGUUUGUCAUUCAAUGGAUAAUCGAAUUAAUCCAGAUAGACAUCAGUCAAUUGAGAAAUCAUCUGAAUAAAUACAUGUAAUGUACAAUUGACAAUCUUUGUUGUUAAUUCACGUUUAAAUUUCAUUUAUAUAUUCCACUUACGUAUUAUCAUAUCAAUAUAGGACAAUUUGAAAGUUGCAUAUAUGAUGUAUCUUGAUUAUAUGAUAAUUUAUCAAUCUGCUGAUACAUAGUUUGUGUACUGUUCACGCUUCUGUCAGGGGAACCAAACCUACAAACAAAAACAAAUUUCAGAUUAAAUCGAUAGUAAUAACUUUACAAACAAAGUUUAUGGCGAGACUAUAAUUUAUGGACAAGCCAACUUGGAGCGAGUGAGCGACUUCAAGGUCAUGGUACUUAUUUCAACACCUAAUGUGCAUAUACGAUCUGUUUACAGAUGAUUUCAAGAAGGAUGUUUUAGUUGAGCGGCUACAACAUAUGGGAUUACUGAGAAGUUUCUGUAUUUGUGAUUGCAGUGUUCAAAUGACUGUUGGACAUUGUGCAGACUAUCGUGACGAUGUUGUAUUUCGAUGUAAUAUAUGUUAGAGGAAAACGUCUGCUAGAAUGGGGACAUUUUUCGCUUGAUCCCGAUUGACACCAAGACAGAUUAAGACAAUUGUCGUAAGCUGGACAAGAAAAGCAUCAGUAACAGUGGCUUGAACCUUUGUAGAUGUUACUGAAGCUUCGGGAGUUCAAUGGUAUGAGUAUGUAGUGUCAGUUGUUAUGUUAAGCCCACAUAGCUUAUUCUAGCUUCCAGACAGGCCACUCUAUUCAUUCAUCUUGAGUCCCACUUUCACCUCGUUAAUUAUUCUCCUGUCAACCUUGACUGUUUUUAUGUGAGUGUAUGUGUGUGCAUUUCAUAUCUUACUCACUAUAUGUCUGUAACCUAUUUUUGUCUGACUAUAAAUAUCGAUUAACGUCUGAUUAAAUCGAGUUGGCUCAUAUGCCUUCUCCACUUCUUGUCAUUCCGUUUCGCUCCGUCUCCCCGAUUGUCUGUGCAGAUCAAGGAUUGUACGAAAUAAACGUAUUUAAAACUUUGUUCUCGUAUUUGACUUAUUUAAUUCCGUUAUUCACUGACACGAUUUUAGUCGAUGAUUAUACAUGGGGAUUGACGAUAUGUACAUUUCGAUAGCAAACAUUCAUGUGAUCUAACUGGAAUCAGAUAUUCCAGGGCCACUAAAAGUACUGUCGAGAUAUAUGCGCAAUAAAGAUGGAAAGCUUGAAUCAGUCGUUUGUAGGAAUCGGGCGAAUCGUAGAAAUUGAUAGAACAGUUGUUAGAAAACGCAAAUUCAAUAGAGCAAGAAGUGUUAAUAAAGACUGGGUAAGUAGCACUUCCUUAAGUAUACUUAGCAGGUAUUUGGUACAUUUGAUAGAUCAUCUCAAGAAAGACACUCCCAGCACGUAAGAAACCAACAGGCUACAACGAUAAUACUAAUUAUAGCAGAGUGUGUGCACCCGGGUACCAUAAUAUACAUGGAUGACUAGAGAGCACAUCGAUGCCUAUCUAGACUUGGUUACGUGCAUCUUGUCAUCGUUAACAAGCAAGAUUUUGUAGACCGCCACGGUAGUACACCAAUAAUAUGGGAGCAAUAUGGCCGACGCUAAAAGAAUUUUUGCGACCUUAUCAUGGCUCCAGAGACCGACUACUAUGGAGUUACAUGGAUGAAUUCCUCUACCGUAUGCAUUACGAUUUCAGAACUGCAGAGCCUUUUUCUAACCUUGACAAGUUUCUAGACCAUGUUAAAGAAGUUUGUCCUCUAAUUUUUUGGUUUUGUAUAAUAUAUUACUCUAUACUUUUCUGAUUGGCU